AUGGGAAUCACGGAGAAGAUCGCGGAUAUCGAGAAGGAGAUCGCUCGGACGCAGAAGAACAAAGCGACCGAGUACCAUCUUGGCCUGCUGAAAGCGAAAUUGGCACGAUAUCGUGUUAUGCUAUUGGAGCCCACUGGGAAAGCCGGACCAAAAGGAGUCGGAUUUGACGUCGUCAGGAGCGGAGAUGCGCGUGUGGCGAUGAUAGGUUUCCCUUCCGUGGGCAAAUCGACGCUACUUUCGAAGACGACGGAAACCAAAUCAGAAGCAGCAAACUACGAGUUUACAACGCUCACCUGUAUUCCGGGGAAGAUCAACUAUAAUGGGGCGCAGAUCCAGUUACUGGAUCUCCCAGGAAUCAUCGAAGGUGCCUCACAGGGCAAAGGACGGGGUCGGCAAGUCAUUGCAGUGGCAAAGACGGCAGAUUUGAUCCUUAUGAUGCUCGAUGCGACAAAGCCGUUGCGGCAGCGAGAACUCCUGGAGGCAGAACUGGAAGCCGUAGGAAUCCGCGUCAAUACUCACAAGCCGAAUAUCUACUUCAAAGUCAAGAAGGGAGGAGGCAUUUCCUUCAAUGCCACCUGCAAGCUGACGCAUCUGAACGAAAGGAUGGUUUACCAGAUUUUGCACGAUUACAAGAUACACAACGCGGAAGUACUCGUCCGCGAAGAUGCGACGGUGGAUCAAUUCAUCGACGUGAUUUUGGGAAACCGGAAAUACAUCAACUGCCUGUACUGCUACAACAAAAUCGAUGCCAUCUCGAUCGAAGAGAUGAACAGGCUCGCGAGGGAACCACACACCGUGGUUGCGUCUUGCGAAUCCGAUCUGAAUCUGGAUUAUCUGGUAGAUCAGAUGUGGCAUCAUCUGGGACUCAUGAGGGUGUAUACGAAGAAAAGGGGCGAGUUCCCCGACUUCGGCGGGGGUCUGAUUUUGAAGCGGGCAUCGACGGUUGAGGGCGUGUGUAGAGCUCUGCACAAGACGUUGGUGGACGAAUUCAAUUACGCUCUGGUCUGGGGCACAUCCACGAAACACAGCCCACAAAGAGUUGGUUUACAUCACGUUCUGGAAGAUGAAGACGUUGUACAGGUCGUCAAAAAGAAGUGA